UUCCGUGCGAGAAGCUCGGUGCGCACGCAGCUGUCAGAGCGGCUUGCUAAUGGUGGCUGUGUGAGGGACGUUCGGAUGACUUUGUGCCGUGUUUAGCAGCGCGGUUCACUCGCCGGUUCAUUCAUUUUGACAGGCAGCGAUUGGCAGAAGCAAUGGAGGCUCUUAUUCCCGUCAUUAACAAGCUGCAGGAUGUGUUUAACACCGUGGGCGCGGAUAUCAUUCAGCUGCCGCAGAUCGCUGUGGUCGGGACGCAGAGCAGUGGGAAAAGCUCCGUGUUGGAGAGUCUGGUUGGCAGAGACCUCUUGCCUCGCGGUACUGGCAUCGUGACGCGCAGGCCGCUCAUCCUGCAGCUGGUGCACGUGGACCCAGAGGACCGGAGAAAGACGAGUGAGGAGAAUGACCCCAAUUCCUGGAAAAAUGGACGCCUUUAUAAAGGUGUGGAGGGUGAAGAAUGGGGUAAAUUUCUACACACCAAAAAUAAGAUUUACACAGAUUUUGAUGAAAUCAGGCAAGAAAUUGAAGCUGAAACAGAACGAAUUUCUGGCAUCAACAAGGGCAUCAGCAGUGAGCCGAUCCACCUGAAGAUCUUCUCUCCUCAUGUGGUGAACCUCACGUUGGUGGAUCUGCCUGGUAUCACAAAGGUUCCUGUUGGUGACCAGCCCAAAGACAUUGAGGUCCAAAUCCGUGAGCUGAUCCUGCAGUACAUUAGCAACCCAAACUGCAUUAUAUUAGCUGUUACAGCUGCCAACACAGACAUGGCCACGUCUGAGGCCCUCAAAGUGGCUCGUGAGGUCGACCCCGAUGGCCGAAGGACACUGGCUGUGGUGACAAAACUGGAUCUGAUGGAUGCUGGCACAGACGCCAUGGACGUACUCAUGGGCAGAGUCAUUCCUGUUAAACUGGGACUCAUAGGAGUCGUCAAUAGGAGUCAGCUUGAUAUCAACAACAAGAAAUCAGUGGCUGAUGCAAUCCGUGACGAGUAUGCCUUCCUCCAGAAGAAAUAUCCUUCCUUAGCUAACAGAAACGGAACCAAAUACCUGGCCAGAACGUUGAAUAGGUUGUUGAUGCACCACAUUCGGGAUUGUCUGCCAGAGCUGAAGACACGUAUCAACGUCCUUGCCGCUCAGUACCAGUCUCUGCUCAGCAGCUACGGAGAGCCUGUGGAGGACAAGAGCGCCACCCUGUUGCAGCUCAUCACCAAGUUCGCCGCAGAGUACUGCAACACUAUCGAGGGAACAGCCAAAUACAUCGAGACUGCUGAACUGUGUGGUGGUGCCAGGAUUUGCUAUAUUUUCCAUGAAACCUUUGGUAGGACACUGGAGUCGGUCGAUCCUCUUGGUGGACUUACGACCAUAGAUGUGCUCACAGCCAUCAGAAAUGCCACGGGUCCACGUCCUGCUCUGUUUGUGCCUGAGGUGUCGUUUGAGCUGCUGGUGAAGAGACAGGUGAAGCGUUUGGAGGAGCCCAGCCUGCGGUGUGUGGAGCUCGUACAUGAAGAGAUGCAGCGAAUCAUCCAGCACUGCAGUAACUACAGCACCCAGGAGUUGCUGCGCUUUCCAAAGCUCCACGAUGCCAUAGUAGAAGUAGUCACGUCUCUCCUGAGGAAAAGACUUCCUGUCACUAAUGAGAUGGUUCACAACUUAGUAGCUAUCGAGUUGGCGUACAUCAACACCAAACAUCCAGACUUUGCUGAUGCCUGUGGACUCAUGAACAACAACAUAGAGGAACAGAGGCGUAACAGAAUGAGAGACCUCCCCUCGGCUGUACCGCGAGACAAGACUCUGAAGGGUCCCGGUGGCCAGUGUCUGCCCCCCAGCGAUCAGGCCUCAACUGAGGGCGAUAUGGCUAAGGGCGCCAUUACUCAGGGUGAUCAGGAAACAGGCACAGGGACCUGGAGAGGCAUGCUGAAAAAAGGAGAAGAGGGUCAGCCAGAUGAUAAGUUGAAGCAGCAGGGUCCUCUGCCAGCCAGCCCUCAGAAAGGCCAUGCAGUCAACCUACUAGAUGUGCCUGUACCGGUUGCCAGGAAACUCUCGGCUCGUGAGCAGAGGGACUGUGAGGUCAUAGAGAGACUCAUUAAGUCCUACUUCCUCAUCGUACGCAAGAACAUACAGGACAGUGUGCCAAAGGCAGUGAUGCACUUUCUGGUGAACCAUGUGAAGGACAGUCUGCAGAGUGAGCUGGUAGGACAGCUGUAUAAAUCGGGCCUGCUGGACGAACUGCUCACUGAGUCAGAGGACAUGGCGCAGCGCCGCAAGGAGGCCGCAGACAUGCUGCAGGCCUUACAGAAAGCCAGUCAGGUCAUUGCUGAGAUCCGGGAGACGCACCUAUGGUGAGGAUUCGUACCCGCUCUACAGCCUCGUCUCACUCUGCCCACUGUCUGCAUCCAGCCUCUGGACGUUUCAGACAGGCCAACUUGAAAAUGCACUGGUGUUAGCUUGUGUGUGUGCAUAGUGUCAAUAGUUUGAUAAUGUCUCACACACACGCCAUGGACUCUUACUGAAGUACACUGAGGGCGGCACAUGCCAUUUUGUCACACACACACACACACACACACACACACACACACACACACACACACACACACACACAGACUGUCCACUCCAGUGGGGUCUGUCAGAAUCUUAUCAUAUAUAUAUAUAUAUAUAUAUAAA